CACACACACACACACGAUUCAGAAACCCUGAACAUUUCCAGCAGCUCCCAGCAGCAGCUCAGGAUCAUACAGAGAACACUUAAAACAGUGGAAGAUGAAGUGGUGUGUCCUGUUCUGUUUGUUCUUCCUGUGUUUUGCUGCCGAUCGUCUCACCGGGGCUCGAGUCAUUACUGAAGAUGUUCCCUAUGACGAGCCUCUGGCCAGACCCUACUGGCCGUACUCUACCUCUGAUUUCUGGAACUACAUCGAGUAUUUUCGGAGCAUUGGAGCCUACAACCAGAUCAACGACAUGGCCAAGACUUUCUUCGCCCACCAGAAUCUUGGGGACACUUUGGGAUACGAAGUGGCCGAGCCAGAAGGACGCUAAACGGGCAGUCAGACAGAUCUCUGCUGGAGGAUUUAAUGAAUAAUGGCAGAUAUAUAUUGUUUAUUUUGUUUUAGUUAAAUAAUCAAGUUUUAACCUUAAAUUUUAUAAACAUUAGAUGUUUCGAAGUUUUGAUGUGUGUUAAGUGUGAUCUAUAAAAUGUGAAAAAUAUUUUGUAAUCAGUUAUUCUUGUAACAAGUCAUGUAUUAAAGACUUACUUAUCACCUGUUUA